AUGGCAGCAAAGACCGAGCCUCCUCUUCUUUUCCUUCACGUUGUCAUGCUCUCCAUACUUUCAUUGCAAAUCACAGCAUCACCAGAAGCACAAGCAGAAGCUCUUGUCAAAUGGAAAAGCACCCUCUCCGCUCUUCCCCCUCGUUCUCCUCUCACUUUAUGGUCUCUUGCCAACCUCAACAACCUUUGUAAUUGGACAAGCAUUGGCUGUGACGCAACUGGAACAGUCUCCGAGAUAACCGUCUCAGGUGCAAAUCUCAGUGGAACACUAGCCCACUUCAACUUCACUCCAUUCCUUAACCUCACCCGCUUCGAUCUCAGCCACAACUAUCUCACCGGGCCAAUACCGUCGGAGAUAGGCCGGCUAACGGAACUGCAAUACGUGAGUCUUCUCGACAACCAUCUCGAUGGGAAAAUCCCAUAUCAGAUCACCAAUCUUCAAAAGGUACACUACUUAGACCUUGGAUCAAACCUCUUACUAAAUUCUGACUGGUCUAAGUUUUCGGCCAUGCCUUUGUUGACCAACCUUUCCUUUUAUAACAACUAUGGACUCACUUCAGGGUUCCCAGGGUUUAUACUUGAUUGUCAUAACUUGACCUUCUUGGAUUUGUCCUACAAUAAGUUCAAUGGAACAAUACCACCAAAGAUAUCACACCUUUCCAAGCUCAAAUAUCUUCAUCUAGGAGAUAACCAGUUCAGUGGUCUAAUUCCUGAGGAUAUUGGAGUAUUAUUCAAUCUUCAAACUAUAGGAUUGUUCAACAAUUCAUUGGAAGGGAGAAUUCCUUCUUCAAUAGGCAAGCUCAAAGGCCUCUCGAGACUCGACCUAUUCAUGAAUAGCUUGAACUCUACAAUUCCUUAUGAGUUUGGGUUUUGUACAAACCUCAAGCUCUUGGACUUGUCUGAAAAUUCAUUCACUGGAGAAAUUCCACUGGAAAUAGGCCUAUUGACAAAGCUCAAUUAUCUUUAUAUGUAUUAUAAUCAGCUUUCUGACUCAAUUCCAUCCGAGAUUGGGAACUUGAAAGAAUUGUUGCACUUAGAACUUUCAAACAACCAACUUUCUGGUCCAAUUCCUCAGACAGUUUGGAACCUCACAAACCUUCAAGUCUUACAACUUUUCUCCAACAAUCUCAAUGGCUCAAUUCCAUCCGAGAUUGGGAAGCUCACAAACCUUCAAGCCUUAAUACUUUUCUCCAACAAUCUUAAUAGUACAAUCCCACCGGAGAUUGGAAAUAUGGGAUCUCUGCAACAACUUGAAAUCGGCAAUAACCAACUUGAAGGUGAGUUGCCAGACACCAUUUCUCGGCUCGGUAAUUUAAGGAUAAUUACUCUUAUGUAA